AUGUCUAAUACCACCGAGUUUGUGCGAUCCCGCUCUCUUGAGCAGCAUGUCAGUCAAACUGCACAAGCAAGCUACCCUCAGUCUGAUGGUGACAGGUUUUACGUGCCAGUUUCAUGCUUUACCUCGGAUGCGAGUCUCGAAAGGCUAGGCUCAAUAGACGGCACCAAAGGCGCCGCUCACCUGGGCCGCUUGACUAUUGGAACCCAUAGCACCGAUCGCGUCGUUAUUUUCAGCACGAGCACCCUCAAGGACCUGGUCAAAGUUGAUUUCAGAGCGAUAGACCAAUGGUUUGAAGAAGACGUGCCCAUAUUCUGCCACCCAAAAGAUCCUUAUAAGCGCAUCGACAUUCUGCAAUCCACGCGUAGUGUUAAAGUUGCCAUUGAUGGUAUCACACUUGCUGAAACACCGAACCCUUUGUUCCUCCUAGAGACGACAUUGCGGACGAGGUAUUACUUGCCACCCACGAGCGUAAAGUGGGAGUAUCUUGUGCCCAGCGAUAUGGCAUCCUUGUGUCCGUACAAGGGCAGGGCGAACUAUUACCACGUCAAAGUGAACGGAAAGAUAUACAAAGACAUAGUCUGGUACUACAGGUACCCGACGCCCGAGAGCGCGCCCGUCGCUGGGCAUUUGUGCUUUUACAACGAGAUGGUUGAUAUAUGGGUAGACGGAGAAAAGGAAGAGAAUUAG